AUGGUCUACUAUUUCACAAGUAACGUAAUCUCGCCAUCGGCGUACAUUUACAUGGGCAAGGACAAGGUCGAAAACGAGGACCUGAUCGCUCACGGAUGGGAAGAGGAUGUCUGGUUCCACGUCGACAACCUUUCCAGUGCCCACGUCUACGUUCGUCUCCCCGAGGGAGAAUCAUGGGAGGACAUCCCGAAGCCGCUUCUGGAAGACUGCGCACAGUUGACCAAGGCAAACUCGAUUGAGGGCAACAAGAAGGACAACAUCACAAUCAUCUACACACCAUGGUCGAACCUGAAGAAGGACGGCAGCAUGGCCACCGGCCAGGUCGGCUUCAAGGACCAAAAGAAAGUCAAGCGUGUCUACGUCGCAAAGAGGGAGAACCCCAUCGUCAACCGCCUGAACAAGACAAAGGUUGAAAAGUUCCCAGACUUCAGACAAGAGAAGGAAGACAGAGCAAGAGAUUUGAGGAAGAAGGACCGGACUGUCAUUGCAGCAAAGGCAAAGGAAGAGGCUCGAAUCGCAAGAGAAAGAAAAGAGUUGGCAUACCAGAGAGAUCACGCAUACGAUGAGUGGAACUCGGAGGAACAGGUCAUGGCCUCUAGCAACCAGAACCGCGACUCGGACUGGGAGGAUGACUUCAUGUAGGGAAGACAAAUCAACGAAACCAAAGGUAGUCGAGAUAUCAGAGUCGUAAGUCAGGUGAAUGACACUCUAGCGUUAUUCUUCGCGCAUAAUUCGACCAAGCACACCGGCUCUCACGUCCUCCUGCUCGAGUACUCGAGUAGUUACUGUCUCUGCUCUGAGCUUCUCCACAUUUCGGGAAGCGCGUUCUAGCCAUCUUCUGAGUGUUUGUUUUCUCUUUCGUCUUUUCUCCAUCAACCCUUUGACCAACGAGCUCAUCAACAAAAUGGCCAAGUCAUCUCACGCUGAAUGUAUUGCCACACCCACCG